AGCAGCAUACUCUCCAUCUUCCAGGCGGACAAGCAGGAGCGCAACAACAGUCUGCGUGACUCCCCAACCGCAUCGCACCUCUGUCCCGCCACUGGGCGUACUUUCUCAUCACUUCCUUGAAAGAGGAUAAACUAUUGGAGAUUUUCGGCGCACAGCAAGUAAAGAAAAAAAGCCCAUCGGGGUGAAUCAGAACUGGGUGUUUCCUCCCUGUCAGAAUGGCUUAAUAACUAAGUUGCUGUGCAGAACAGGAGUAGAGAAGCUGGAACUUUCAGGGAACCUUUUCUCGCACCGGAGUAGUCGCAGGAGCUCCAGGGUGGUUUAUUUAAUCCAGGAAGCCACAUCGGCCACCCGUUCCUCUUUUUUUUCUAUUCCUCUAGCUGUGGAGGUGGAUGGUAUGGUAUAACUUUUCCGUUCCAGUCGAACCUGAGCGGCCGGCGUGAGAGAGGAGAUACGGUGGUGGAAGAGGGGAUGCGAGGCUCUCCUCCGUCUCGGAUAGCGGAGCGGCUAUGAGGAGAGAGGUUCACCUGCUGGGCUAACAGAACAAGACCACACCGCACCAACAGAAUGCGGGAACGGGGUCCUUGCAUUUGUGGAGUAGGUGUGUGGAGUCUGCUGCUAUCCCUUUGCCUGGCCUCCCUCACACAUGCACACAGGAGCCACACAGUGCAUGUGAAGGCUGGCACAUGUGAGGUGAUUGCUGCUCAUCGCUGCUGUAACAAGAACAAGAUUGAGGAGAGAUCUCAGACUGUAAAAUGUUCCUGCUUCCCUGGACAGGUCGCUGGCACCACUCGGGCUAUGCCCUCCUGUGUUGACGCCUCCAUCGUAGCCCAGAAGUGGUGGUGUCAGAUGCAGCCAUGUAUGGAAGGUGAGGAGUGCAAAGUUCUGCCAGACCUCACAGGAUGGAGCUGCAGCUCAGGCAACAAAGUCAAGACCACAAAGGUGACCCGAUAGUCCAGCCCAUCUUAAUAGAAGCGGAAGGGAAAUGGUGGUGGAAGUAAUUAAUCAGCACAAUGGACCAAUCAAGUUGUGAGCAAAUGUACUCAGAUGGACUUCUAUGAGGAACCAGUAAUCGUUUCAUUUUUCUGAGGAUAUCCAAGAAAUGGUGGCUGAAAAGAGACAGGACUCUACUGCUGCUUGCCAUCACCUUAAACACAGCUGAGUGUCCUUGGUCCUUUACUGCAGAGGACCGCAUCCCCCCACAAACCUUUACUGCUACUACAAACUUCAACAAAGCGAACUAUCACCUAAACUUGAUUAGAUGACGAUUAAAAACAACUACUUCUUUACAGCAAUCUAUAUUCUUCAUCUCUCUUGUAUGGCUGAGUUGUGUUUGAUAUGCAUACUGGGAAUAAUGGGCGCUCUGGAUUUUAGACAGCUAUCCUGUAUUACAAACAUCACUAAAAAAAAAAAAAAGAGGGAGUGGAUCCAGAAUGCUUGCCUCAUGCAGUCCGGAUGGCGUAUUUCAAUUGACCUGUGCCACAUAUGACACACUUAAUGCUGUCAAAAGUGUUUCUCAAACCUGAAACUGAACCUUUUAUUUUAUCGGAUUUCACCUCCAUCAGAGUAUUUUACCUUAAAUAGUUUGUGGCUUACCACAUGCCAUUUUUUAAAAUGCAGAGACAGUUUCUUCUCUUUGCUUUUGUUUUUCUUUUUUC